AUGACCAGUGUGACUGGGUGUGGAGGUAACCUGACGGCUCCCUCUGGAGGUCCUGUGACGUCACAGAACUAUCCCAGUAACUAUGGCAACAAUGAGAACUGCGAGUGGUCGAUCACUGUACCAGAAGGAAGCAUCAUCCGUAUCAAGUUCGACAGUUUUAAAACUGAGGACGAUUAUGACAUUCUAACCAUCUACGAUGGAGCCAGUGAUAGUGCUCUGGAGUUAGAACGGUUAACAGGUUCUGGGUCUGUCAGCCCCGUCACCAGCACAUCUAACAUGAUGUUCCUGAGGUUUACAUCUGACGGCAGUGAGACGCGUCAGGGGUUUAGCUUCUCGUACAUAAGUCGAACUGCAGGCCAUUGCUGGGAUCCAGGUGUGCCCACCAAUGGGACCAGGGAUAACAACAGUAACUUUACAUCAGGACAGACAGUCAGGUACAGCUGUAUGGACGGGUACCAGAUUUGGGGGACUGAUAAUAUAACCUGCCGGUCGAACGGGACAUGGAGCGGUACUACUCCCACCUGUGGAGUUCUAAGCCAAUCCCCGUACGACUGUGACUUCGAGGCGAGCCUGUGUGGUUGGACGCAGUUUGUGGGCGAUGACUUUGACUGGAUCCGGCAUCAAGGAGAGACCCCCACCACGCGAACCGGCCCGACUACUGAUCACACCCUGGGGACAGACCAGGGGUGGUACAUCUACAUCGAGACUUCGAGUCCCCGGCGUACAAACGACAGAGCUGUGCUUCUGAGUGCAGACAUCCCGGCCAACCAAACCAAGUGUCUGCAUUUCUGGUACCACAUGUACGGCUAUGGUGUGGGUACUCUAAACAUCAAGUUGUACGCCAAUGAAACAUUUUCCCAGCCCAUCUGGACAAGGCGGGGGACCCAGCAGAACGCGUGGCGCCUGGCUCAUGUUCCUGUUGAUGGUUUAACUACAUCGAUUAGGAUUGCUUUAGAGGCACUGAAAGGUUCUGGUUUCCGAUGUGACAUCGCUGUGGAUGACGUCACAGUGACAGAUGAGACCUGUCCUUCUCAUGUGACGCCGACCCCUGGAUGUGGAGGUAACCUGACGGCUCCCUCUGAAGGUCCUGUGACGUCACCGAACUAUCCCAGUAACUAUGGCAACCAACUGAACUGCGAGUGGUCGAUCACACUACCAGAAGGAAGGAUUAUUCGUCUCAAGUUCGACUAUUUCAAUACUGAUAACGGCUAUGAUAUUCUGACCAUUUACGAUGGAGCCAGUGACAGUGCAACACAGUUACAACGGUUAACAAGUUAUCUGCGAGUCAGCCCUAUCACCAGCACAUCUAACAUGAUGUUCCUGAGGUUUACAUCUGACAGCAGGAUCACACGUCGAGGGUUCAGCUUCACGUACACAAGCAUUGUUGCAGGUCAUUGCUGGGAUCCAGGUGUGCCUACCAAUGGUUACAGAGAUAACAACAGCAACUUUACAUCAGGACAGACAGUCAGGUACAGCUGUAUGGCCGGAUACCAGCUGUGGGGGACUGAGAAUAUAACCUGCCGAUCGAACGGGACAUGGAGCGAUGCUAUACCAACUUGUGAAGGCACGUUUGUGAUUAUUGAAUUCAAUAUUCAAACUCUUUGGUUCACCUUUUUACACAAAUAG